AUGGUAAGGUUUGCAUCCGGUGCAUACGUCACGAGCCCAAUCGUAGCCAUUAUGGCAGAAGCUGGAACCCUACCAUUCGACCUACUCGUUCUUCAAAAUAUAGCCCGGUUGGCCAUCCAUACGUUGGGAAAAAGCAAGGAUAAUGCCGUUCUCCCCCUGGUACAUCGAGCAUCCGAACGUCUGACAGAGGUGAUCGGAAUCCCUCUUCCAGAUAUUUGCACUCGUACACGUGCACGAAGAUGGUACGAACCCAAGCUCCCGAUCGUGUGGGACAUAAAGAGACGUGUGAAAGCUGGUGACCCCUCGGAAAUUGUUCGACCUGUUUUUCAGGAGCUCCUAGCAGGUCGUUUCAACCGUUCAACUAUCGUCUACAUGGAUGGCUCGAAAGACGACGAUGCAGUAGGCGUGGGAGUGUAUGGAGAAUACUUCCAACAAUCGGUUGGUCUUCCAUCGUCAUGCAGCGUCUUCUCGGCAGAAGCGUCUGCAAUCAAAACAGCGCUAGCAACACAUAACACGGUCAGUGAUUUGGUGGUUAUGUCUGACUCGGCCAGUUGCUUAUCAGCAUUAGAAGCUGGCACAUCGCAACACUCGUGGAUUCAGCAGAUUGAAAACAUGUUACGAGGCCGUCCCAUCAAGCUGUGCUGGAUUCCGGGUCAUGCUGGUAUCCAUGGCAACGAAGAGGCAGACCGCCUCGCUGGAGAAGCCAGGGGUAAUGCCCCCUUGCAAAUAGCCGUUCCGGGAGUAGACGCGAACAACCAAAUGAAAACAGCUAUCCGAUAUCGGUGGUGCCGUCGAUGGUCUUGGUUCGUAAAUUCGACACAGGGAAGUGGACUGACCGCGAGAAUUCGGCUGAACAGCGAGUCCUUACCCGGCUCCGAAUAG